CGCGUCCCUGCAGCUGCUGUGACUGCGAGUCAAUGUUACAGGAGGGAAGUAAUAUGUAUCGGCAAUGUCGCCCGUUCAGUAUAAAAUAUACUGUGUGUAUUUUCGGACCCCGAGUCGGGCAAUAUGUACUCCGCCGAUAUUGACGAUUUGAAAUGUGUGUGUGUGUGUGUGUGUUGAGUGCGGGUGGUGCUGGCAGGUGGCAGAGCAAGCAAUGCUUGGUCCAGGGUCGAGGGGUGUUCCUUUCUUUGGUUCGGUUGGGGUUCGCACGGCCCCAACUUUAUUCCAUUGCCAACAACGUGGGCUCGAGUGGGCCCUUCCUCGGCAAAAUCGGAUCAGAUCGUCCCAGCCCCAAACUUUGUGCGACGCCAAGCCCCCUCGACGCAAAGCAACCACUUUUUGCUCGCAGGCUCGCUUUUGUGGCCGGAAUCUGCCCGCGACACUCCCCACUACUGCACGGUACUUGCGGCUUAUGCGCCCAUUCCUCUUUGAGUUUGUAGCGGAAUCUCAGAGAAGGAGAAGAAGAAGAAAAGAAGAAGAAAGGGAAAAAGAAAAACCGAAGAAAAUGAUCGGCAACUCUAUUAGCAACAAACUUGUUGAUGACCGCCCACUCCCCUCCUUUUCCCCUCACAUCCCCGCCGUUGCCGAGCCAAGCGGGCGGCCAAGUAAAAGCCAAGAAGCACAUGGCCUGACUUUGGUCGAGACGAAGGAGUUCCAUUGUGCCUGCGGCAAGUCGCCCGCCGCGCCGCCUCGUCCGCUCAUGAUCUGGUCCCCUCGAAUUGUGCGCUGGAGUUGCUUUCGUCUCUCGAUCCGGCCUGAACACCGGCUCCUCCGCCCCCAACAGCCGAUCUCACAUAAAUCUCGCUUUUUCCGAGCUCUUGAUCAUCCUCGACGCCUUCCCGUUCCAAACUCCCCGGUCCUGGAAUAUUCUGUGCUGCUCGCUCCGCAGUGCGUUCAGGGGGAAAAGCCAUUAUUAAUCGGGGGGUUCCUGAUUGGGAAAAAGCUUGAUUACCCUACACAUUCUGCAGCCAAAAAUUAUGCGUCAACAUUCGAAAAGCACUCGUCUCGUGAAACCAUCACAACCAACUUGCAUCACUAACUACUGCGCUCAAAUCUUGGCCCGACUUGGCCCCCAGCUUAUCAUAGAUGUCCACCUCGCAAGUACUGUGUAAUCUGUACGUAAGAGCAACACAUUGAACCGCCCCUGCCGAACUCGUCCUCCACUCUCUCGCCGACACAGCCCUGGACUAAGGUACGAUGUACACGGGUACACAUCUCCG